CGUAACUUGUUGUAUAGUGCGAGUGCCGCUUAAAUAUUUGUCUUUCCUUUUUAUUGGACUUUCUGGUUAAAUUCAUUGUAUUGAUAUAAAUAAAAAUUUCGGGUUAAUGGCGAAUUUUCCUACAUUGGGGGCUCAACAAGAAACCAACCGAAAAAUUCUCGAGGAUCUACAGUUGAAGAAGCAACUAUUGCAGAAAGGCAACAUACCCGGACUAGGUGCAGGAAUAUCAACAAAUACCCUUUAUCAAAUACCUGCAAGUCAACUUUUGCAAUCCUCGGACUUUUCUCAAAGUAGUGGAUUGGCAAACGCACCACGCUCGGUGUUUAAUGCAACAACAUCCACUACAUUAGGAUUCUUUGUAUCACAAGAUUCUUAUUACGGAAACACUUUUAUACCUGUUUUACCCCGCCUUGAUCCUGCGCCACCGAUGAACUAGAACUAUGGCGUGCAUAAAGUUGAAAAAACUGGAGGAGUACUUAAAUG